AUGUUGAAGCGUGGAUACAAAUCAAAACAAUGGAGUGGCGCUCUCAAAUGCCGGGUCUCUGUUUUUCUUAUGUUUUUUACUUUGAUGCUAGUGUUAGUGGUUUUCUUGUUAGUAUUUCAUAGUGAUAGUGAUGGUGUUAAUCCCGGUUUAGCUGAUGAACGUCCUGAACAAAAAUGGAAUAGCUUUGACACGUUGGUGCAUUUGCAUCCCACAAAAGAGUUCCGGAAUGGAACUGAUUUGAUAUGGCAAGUGCCAGAAUCACCUAAAGGUGUUCUCUUUCUGGCUCAUGGAUGCAAUGGCAGGGCCAUCAACUUUUGGGAUAAAUCCCCUGAAUGCCCUGAUUGCAUUGGUUUGCCUGAAGAAAGGUUGCUUGUGCUUCGUGGUCUUGCCCAAGGUUUUGCUGUUAUUACUAUUUCAAGUGCUCAGAGAUGUUGGACAUUUGGUAAAGAAGUGUUGGUUAUUAAAGACAUUAUAGAAUGGUGGAUUGGUAAAAGGAAGCUUGAGAAGCUUCCUCUUGUGGCUUUGGGUGCUUCUUCUGGAGGUUAUUUUGUGUCUGUGCUUGCCACCACUAUGAACUUUAGUAGUAUCGCGCUCAUGAUUGCGGAGGGCAUGUUUGAGCAAAUUGAUGUCAAAGGGGACUACCCACCUACCCUUUUUGUUCACAUGCCCAAAGAUCUUUACAGGCAGCAGAAAAUAGAUGAGUAUGUGGAGGUUCUAAAAGAUAGAGGGAUUGAUGUUGGUGUUGUUGAAUGUGAGGAGUUCCCGUUGUCACCCAAUACUUUAGCUGAUAGAAUUCCAGGGCUUGAUCUGUCUCUUUCUAGAAAGUUAUUUGAGUUCUUUCAGGAAAAGGGGUUUAUUGAUAAAAAUGGUUUUAUGAAGAAAGAUGGGCGUAAAAUCAAAUGGAUAGAGGCUCUUGAGGAGAAGAAAACUCUUCUGCUGAAUAAUAAUCUGGUCUCUCAUAUUCAAGAGGAGCUAAACCUUGCAUUUGCUUACCAUGAGAUGACUAGCUUGCAUUCUGAACAAAUUUUUAAAUGGUUUGAAUUUCACAUGAGCUGA